AUGGCAUACCACACCUUGGUAUGCACCCUCGACACGUCUGAUCCCCCAACACUACACACCAUGACGUGGCAUGCCAGCAGCACGCCGAUUAAGUCGAUCAACGGUUUGGACUUGGGGAAGCCACACCAGGCCUUGCUUGAGCACGAAGCACUCGUUCCGAAGAAUCUCGACAAAGUCCCGAAAGUCGUCGACUUGCAGCGCCAUGCUGUUGGCCACUUGGAGCAGCUCGUCCAUGGAAAAGAGCUGGCUAUUGCGCUGGACAACGCAUUUUCGCAGUCGAGCCACGUACGCCUUGACCUUCUUCGCGAGACUCAUGCCACCGCUUCGUCCAAAAUCCAAGUUGCCCUCCUCUGUCGUUUCGAUCUUGGCACGGGCUUGGGCGAGACGGAUGAGCGAUUCCAACUGUCGCAUCGUGAUGGGGAUGCCGUCGGCCGACGUGUCUGCGUCUGA